GCCAUGGGAGUGAGGGUUUUAUAUUUGUUGCUUUUCAAAAAACAUUUCACAGUAUUUUAACUUUUUUAUUGCAUUAUUUGCAAAUUUGAGAGCAGUAUUUCGUUCUAUACAUUGCAGGAGAAUUUUUUUGAAGAAAAAUAACUAUUUAUGGUUGUGUAUCUGCAAAGUUACAGCAAGUGUUUAUUACAUGGAAGGUUGAAAGAGUAGACCUUAUUGUUUGCUGUAUGAACAAUGUCAAAACCAAAAGAACAAAUUCAAAGUCCACCCCGACCACAGAGGUCCGGUAGCAAACAAUUGACAGAAAACCUAAGUAAAGAUGAAUUGCUGAGACGUUUAAAAAAAAUAACUCGGGAAUUAAGUGAUGCUGAUCAGGGAGAUCAUAUUGAAGACUAUCAUGGAACAGUUACGGUAUUAGCCAGACCAUUUAUUUUAAAACAUGCAGACAAAGAUGUUCGUUGUUACGCUGCUUGCUGUUUGGCACAUGUGUUAAGGAUUCAUGCACCUGAUGCCCCUUAUGACAAAAACCAAUUAUGGUCAAUAUUUGAUUUGAUUAUCAAUCAACUAGAAGGACUUAAGCAUGCCAAAUCAAUAAAAGGAGAAAAAGGAACUUCUUAUGAGAAACUGUUUCAUCUUUUGGAGACACUUUCUAUAGUAAAGACAUUGAUUCUUUGUGUUCAGCUGGAAUUUCAUGACCUUAUAAUAAAGUUUUUUAAGAACAUGUUUAAUAGUGUCAGAGAGGAACAUAGUAAAAAAGUAAAGAAUUUUAUGUUGGAUAUAAUGUCAUCACUUCUUGCCGAGGCAGAAGCUGUACCACAAGAACUUCUUGAUAUCAUCCUGGAAAAUAUUGUUAAUCCAAGAAAGACAUCUAAUAAGGCUGCAUAUGAGUUAGCAAGUGGGCUGAUUGAAAGAACGGCAACAUCAAUUGAACCACACAUACAACAGUUCUUCAAUAAUGCUUUAUUUUUCGACAAAGCAUCUGAAAGUAGACUGGAAGAUUCUCUAUAUGAUGUUCUUUAUGAAUUGUACAACAUUUGUCCCAGUAUACUGCUCUCUGUUUUACCACAGCUAGAAUUUAAACUCAAGAGUGUUAAUAAAGAUGAAAGAAUUCCAGUUGCUGCAUUGUUGGGCAAAAUGUUUUCAGAUGAGGAAUCAACAUUAGCUCAAUCUCAUAAACCUUUGUGGCACUGCUUCCUGAGCAGAUUUGUGGACAUUGAUACUGAUGUGCGAAUUGAAUGUACGAAACACGCUAAGCUCUUCUUCCUACACCAUCCUGAGCUGGUUGCAGAAAUUACAGAAAAAUUAAUUCAACGUCAGAGGGAUCCGGAACAGAAAGUACGCAUGGAGGUUGUCACAACAAUUUGUGAAGCAGCAUCAGAGAAUGUUAACAGUGUAUCACAGAAGCUUUUUGACGUUGUCACAGAGCGAUUAAGGGAUCGCAAGUUUGAUGUUCGAAAAGAUACGACUUUGGCUCUUGGAAGGCUUUAUAAGAAGAUGUCAGCGGCUGAUGUAAAUGUCGAUGAGAAAAAGAAAGUCUCUUGGAUCCCAACGAAAAUCUUGCAUUGCUAUUACCAGAAUUCCCCUGAAGAUCGCAUAAAUGUUGAACGGGUAUUUCUUGGUUGCCUUGCAAUUUCAUUAUCAAGUAAAGAGCGAAUGAAAAGGCUCUUCACUCUAUAUCAGACGCUGGGUGAGCAAGCUAUAAAAGCAUUCAAUCACAUGUUAUCAUCUCAAGCCAGUCUACGAUCAGAUAUGAAUGAAAUUCUAAGAUUGUGGGAGGAAAGUCAGAGGUCAAACCCGACGGAGGCAAAAAAGCUUAUAGCAGCAAAAAUUUCAGCAAUUGCAAGGGUUCUACCAGAACCUAGUAAAUCACAAGAACAUCUGAAAAGUUUGGUGAAUAUGCUGUCAGAGAAGAAUUUGCUGAAAUUAAUGAAAACCUGUCUUAGUAGUGGGCAGGACUGUGCCAAAGUCACCGAGGCUGUGAGAGAAGUCGUUAUAAAGUUUGGAGCCAAGAAUCCAAUGUAUGAUACAAUAAAAGCAAUCCUUGACCGUGCGGCACCAUUAUUGAUUGAUACCUCGGCUGGGAAGGAACUUGUCGAAUUAGUGACGAAAUGUUUGAAUGGUGAACUUUUUGAAGAUGAUAUGUCUAGCGAGGAAGACAGUGAGGAAUUUGAUAGAGGUGAUAUCACAUCAAGGGGACUCAUGGCUCUAGAAUUACUCCUGACCUGCGUCAGGUUGUUCCCUGCAGAGUUUAAAUUCACGCUCAUCUUCGAAAACAUUCUAAUGUUUCUAAAGAAAAGGAACGUUUUAGUUGAUUACGCAUUGCGCAUACUGCAACAUAUUGGAGAAGGUUUGGAAAAAAUCGACUCAACGUUAUAUUCUCACUACCAGCAAGAACUGAUUAAAAUCUUAACCAAAGGAAACCCAUCACAAGUAAAGCUGGCAGCGCGCAUCGUCACCAACAUGUACCCAAACUCAUCGACCAUCUUUCAAAGAAUUUUGGAGAGUCGUCUGGAAUCACUUGAUUAUGGAUCCUCCACAUUACUUAAUACUUUAUCUUGUAUCAGUGAAAUAGCCCUUCAUGCUGCUGUUGUUUUUGAACCACACCAUGUCACUGUCAUAACAGAUUUUGUUUUCAAGGAGUUGCUGGUAAAAGAUCGGGGUAAGACCCCCAAGACAGGUACACUGUGGUGUGACAAAGACGAUUUAUCGAAAGAUGCGAAAGCAAAGAUAUUUGGUUUGAAGAUCUUGGUGAACUGGCUACGUGGUAAAAUAAACAAUGACAGUGAAAGUGUACAGCCUGUUUUCGCGAUGUUGGAUAAGGCAAUAAAACAAAACGGAGAUAUAACGGGAGGUGGUUGUAUACGGUCUUGUGAAAUGUCACAUAUAAAACUAGUUGCUGCUUGUGGGUUGUUGAAACUCGCACAAGUUCCAGCAUACCAUGUAUAUCUGGAGAUGAAAUAUUUCCAGAGGUUAACUUCUGUUAUAAAGGACUCGUGCACUCAGGUUCGUGAAAAAUUUGCUACGAAGUUGUCCAAAGGUCUGGAUUCACUGAAACUACCAUUGGAAUAUCUCGCACUAUUUUCUUUCUAUGGAAAAGAAACCAGCAAGGAUAUAAAACAACAAGCAAAGUACAUGAUCCUUCGCAAUAUUAAUAUAAGAAAUGAAUAUUUAAAGCAGCACAAAAUUCCUCCAGAGCGAACAGCUUCACUCUUACCUGAAUAUGCCAUGCCGUAUCUGAUCUAUAUGCUCUCACAUCUUCCAAAUUAUGAUUACACUGAAAGCGAACACUUGAAAGGAAUUAAAGGCUAUUUGUGGUUUUUCAUGGAAUGCAUCUUGACUCGAGGGGAUAAUUAUAAUUUUAUGAAAAAGCUCGCAGAAAACAUCAAACACACAAAAGAUGCAAACAAUCAAGAAACUGAGAGUGUUAAUCGCGCGAUUUACGUUGUAUGUGACAUCGUUAUUGGAAUAAUUAUGGGUUUUUCAAAGACGCGAACGUUUUUACUCAAAGAUUAUCCCGCUAAUAUCGCGUUACCCAAGAAAUUAUUUUUGCCACUUGGCAAGGUGGACAACAGCAAGUCAUAUUUACCAAAAGGGUUUGUUGUCUCGCCAGUCAAGAGAACAACCAGCGUUGCUCCCAGGGUUACACCAACGAAAGGCUUUAUCAAAACAAGCAGUGGUUCUGCUAGUAGGAAGAAACCCUCGACUAGCAAUACAAGGGUUUCUGAGAAGUCAAAAGGUAAAAAGAUUCAGAAAUCUUUACUGAGUAUGUUAGAGAAAAAAGAUGAUGAAAGUGAUGCAGAAGAGAUUUCUGAUAUUGAAGAAGAAAAAUCGCCAAGGAACGAAAAGUCGAAAAGAAAACGAGGAAAAAAUAUGCCGGAUGCAGAGGAAGAAGUUGAGGAAGAAUCGUUCACUAAGGUCUCGCCAAGAAAGAAAUCCAAAACGUCUCCCACAAAGAAGCGUGAAACGACGGCAGUGACUUCAGGAAAAGAAAAGCAAACAAAAAAGUCGCCUGGGAAGAUAUUGAAGGAAGAACAGCCAACUAGAUUUUCACCUCGAAGACAAAGGAAUCCAGUUGUUGAAAGAAACAAAAUAAGAACAGAUCUUGGUGAAGUACAGAGAAAUAUCAAUGAGGAGGCAGACGGGAAAACUCCAAUUGAUAAAAGGGCGAAAAAUUCUCUGGACCUUUCCGGUGAAGUAAAAGAAAAUGAAAACAUGCAGACAAGAAGUGAUAAAAGUCCGAAGGACGACACUGUUACAGUCAAAAAGCGCAUGAAUCGUGAAGAAAAUAAUCACGAAAAUCCCACGGAACAGUCUUCCUUAAUUAUAAAACGAAAACGAAAGCGAAGAUAAAGGUUGCCAUCUGAAGAUAUGCCUUUUUUGCAUAUGUACAUAAAAUAGGAUUGUUUUACUGUGUACCAUAUUGACAUAUAACUUGUUUUUCUUAAUCUAACACGGUUGUUACUAAAACCUAGGGUCGUUGAUUUUAUUUUAAAACUAUUGAAACCUUUACUAAGCCCGAAUCAGGGCACGUGGCUUAUAGUUAUAGCCAGCUAUAAAUUCGUAUGAUGUAAACGUCAUUUUUGUUUUGAUCAUGCAUGCUGGGUUUUACCCAGACAAACAUGCAUAUUAAAUACUUGUAUAGUAUUAUAGAAAACACA